AUGAAGCUCGCCAUCAGCCUCGCCGCCUUGGCCGCUUGUGCCUCAGCGACGGCCAUCGAGACCAAGUACUUCCCUGGCUGCUCCAGACGUCAUUGUCUCACGCAACGCAUGGCCGACAAGUUCGUCAGCCGCUUCAUCGGCGUUCUCGAACACAAGGAGACUGAUCUCGGCAAUUUCACCGAGACGAUGGAGAUCAUGCUCGCGGACGACUUUCAGGAGAUCUCCGACUCCAUCAACUCCCUCGCUGGUAUCCCCCUUGGCUCCGUGACCACUGGGUCGAAGGAAGAGUACAUCCAGGAGACUCAGAACGCUCCUCCGGACAGCAAUAUUGAGACUAUCUUCACUGCCGUCGCCGCCUGCCGCAACAUCAUCUGGCACUGGAACUUCCCCACCGUCGGUUCAGCUCAAUACCCUGUCAAGGGCAUGAACUACUUCGAGCUCAACGAGAACUGCCAGAUCGACACCAUGAGGAUCGAGUUCAACUCCAUCGCCUGGGGUGCCGACACCGGCUUCACCACAACUCCACCAUCUGGCCCACCACCAGGCACCACUAGCAACAGCACCACCUCUUAA